AGAGGGGGCUGGGAGAAGCAGGCUAAUUGAGAACAGCUGUUGCUCUUCAAUCUCGGAGAUCUUUGGACUCUGCCAGGGGCAGGCUCACGGCAUACGCCAACUAUAAGGAGCCCGCGUAGGUUGCCUGAGUCAGCCCUGGGUUUCUCUGCCCACUCUAGUUCCCUGAAACUUCUGAAACAAAAGACCGGAGGAGACUCUCCACCUAACAGCUGGAUCCGUCUUCCCCACUGCCAGACCCACCUCUGUCUGUUGCUGCCCAGAAAAGGCCUGGAAGAAGAGACAAGAGAGACAAACUUGCCCUCUCUCCCAGUCCCUCCAUUCGCUCAGCACUGGCAUCUGGAGACCCCAUGGCUCGGGCUCACUGGGGUUGCUGCCCCUGGCUUGUCUUCCUUUAUGCUUGUGCCUGGAGCCACCCAAAGCCAGGAGAACUUGGAAGAGAAGAUGUGAGAGACUGUUCGACCAAUCCUCCGUACCUUCCAGUUACUGUGGUCAAUACCACAGCGCGGCUCUCAGCCAUCCGCCAGCAGAUGGAGGCCUGGAAUCUUUCUGCCUACAUCAUCCCAGAUACGGAUGCCCACCAAAGUGAAUACAUUGGCAAACAUGACGAGAGGCGUGCGUGGAUGACAGGCUUCACAGGAAGUGCAGGUACUGCAGUAGUGACUAUGGGGAAAGCAGCUGUCUGGACUGACAGUCGCUACUGGACGCAGGCGGAGCGAGAGAUGGACUGCAACUGGGAUCUCAAGAAAGAAGUUGGUAUCACUGUUAUUGUCUCCUGGCUCCUAACUGAGAUGUCUACCGGAGGACGUGUGGGCUUCGACCCCUUCCUCGUCUCUUUUGACUCCUGGAAAAGUUAUGACGCGAACCUCCAGGGCUCCAAUAUACAGCUGGUGUCCAUCACAGCCAACCUUGUAGACCUGGUGUGGGGCUCAGAGAGGCCGCCGGUGCCAAGUGAACCCAUUUUUGCCCUGGAAAACGCAUUCACAGGGAGCACUUGGCAAGAGAAAGUAUCUAAUAUCCGAAGCCAGAUGCAGGAGCAUAAAAAGGCCCCGACUGCUGUCCUUCUGACUGCACUUGAUGAGACGGCCUGGCUCUUCAACCUCCGCAGCAGUGACAUCCCCUAUAACCCCUUCUUCUAUUCCUACACACUGCUCACGAACUCUUCCAUCAGGCUAUUUGUAAACCAGAGUCGUUUUAGUCCUGAGACCUUGCAGUACCUGAACUCUGGCUGCACAGGGCCCAUGUGUGUGCAACUCGAGGACUACAGCCGAGUCCGUGACAGUGUCCAGGCCUAUGUCUCCGGAGACGUUCGGGUCUGGAUUGGGACCCAGUACACCAUGUAUGGGCUGUAUGAAGUGAUACCCCAGGAGAAACUUGUAGCAGACUCCUACUCCCCGGUGAUGAUAACCAAGGCGGUGAAGAACAGCAAGGAGCAAGAUCUCCUCAGGGCCAGCCAUGUGCGGGACGCUGUGGCUGUGAUCCGGUACUUGGUCUGGCUGGAGAAGAAUGUCCCAAAAGGCACAGUGGAUGAGUUCUCAGGGGCAGAGUUCUUGGACCAGUUACGAGGAGAAGAAGACUUCUUUACUGGACCCAGUUUUGAGACCAUCUCUGCUAGUGGCCUGAAUGCUGCCCUCGCCCACUACAGCCCGACCAAGGAGCUGAACCGCAAACUGUCCUCAGAUGAGAUGUACCUGGUGGAUUCUGGGGGACAAUACUGGGAUGGAACCACAGACAUCACCAGAACAGUCCACUGGGGUACCCCCUCUGCCUUCCAAAAGGAGGCGUAUACCCGUGUGUUGAUGGGAAACAUUGAUAUGUCCAGGCUCAUCUUUCCAGCUGCUACAUCAGGGCGUGUGGUGGAAGCAUUUGCCCGCAAAGCCUUGUGGGAUGUUGGGCUCAAUUACGGCCAUGGAACAGGCCAUGGCAUUGGCAACUUCCUGUGUGUGCAUGAAUGGCCUGUAGGAUUCCAGUACAACAACAUUGGCAUGGCCAAGGGCAUGUUCACUUCCAUCGAACCUGGAUACUACCAGGAUGGAGAAUUUGGAAUCCGUAUUGAAGAUGUGUUCCUUGUAGUGGAAGCAAAGACCAAGUACCCAGGGAGUUACCUGACCUUCGAAGUCGUGUCUUUCGUGCCCUAUGACCGGAACCUUAUUGAUGUCAGCCUACUGUCCCCUGAGCAGCUCCAGUACCUAAAUCAAUACUACCAGGUCAUCCGAGAGAAGGUGGGCCCAGAGCUGCUGCGACGCCAGUUGUUGGAGGAGUUCAGCUGGCUCCAGAAGCACACAGAGCCCUUGUCUGCUGGAGCUCCACACACAGCCUCCUUGGCCUCUGUUCUGGUAGCUUCUACUCUUGCUACUCUCAGCUAGAGUAGCUAGAGGCUUCCGAUUUCCUACUGACCCUCCACCUGGAUGUAAGACUCACUCAGCUCCCCUCUGCCUGAACCAUGCAUGCCCUAAGAGUCCUUGGCGGCCUAUCACUGGAAACCAUUACCCUCAGCUUCCUCCAAACAGGCCCCAAGCAGCACAUCCCCUCCCCCAGGAUCUGUAUGCCUCACCCUGGACUGCCAACCCCAGGCCAGGAAUAGCAGAGCCAAAAGCAGUCCCUUCCUCUUGUGAGCACAGCUUGCCAUACAGCUGCUGUCCCUUUGCACAAAUAAAAGACCAAAAGGGCAGUGCCCUCCUCCCAGGAGCUCCAUGACCCAAGGAGAGCCCUUCCCUGUCACCACCUGCUUGGAGAGCUCCAGAGUGCUUCCCACUCACUGGCUCAGGACUCUUGAGUCUUCCAGCCCUUUAGGCCAUCUCUGACCACCCCUGCUGGCUCCCAGUCCUAAAGUGGCCUCCUGUCUCCAAUCCCUGAGGCUAAAGCCCCUUCCAAGUUGCCCACUCUACCUGUAGAGGGAGGGGAAGCAAGGAUGGCUGGACUGGAGAGAACAGACCAGUCACAGGCAGAGUGGCCCUGCAGCUGGACACCAACCAGGAACACAUACCCACAUAUGAGCCCACACUCCCAAACCCUGAGUCCACUCCAUGACAAGUGACAGCAUGGAGCAUUUAGGUGCAGGAACUUGGCUAUGGGGUAGCUGGGAAAGUGGCUCUAUCAGAGAUUGAAGAACAGCCUAUGCAAGUGCACAGGGUGCCAAACUUCUCCAUCAUUCUAGGAGCCCCUUUAACUUUUGAAAUUACAGCUACAGACAAUACUGUUAAAUCCUCCCGUGUGCCUGGAUGGCCCCAAACCCCAUGUGAGUAGUCUGGUUUCUCCAUUAUAUAGACAGGAAAACUGAGCUUCAGAUAGGAGGAGAGCCCUGCCCCAGGCCACACAGCUCCUGGUUGAGAGGUGGUAGGGCCAAAUGGGCUGGCAGUCUAACUCCUUAGCCUCCAGCAGCAAGUAGAAUCACUUAAUCUGUCCCCCAUGCCCUCCUCAUUCUCUGAGCCCACCGUUGGAGUAAGAAGAGAUUUCUUCAGCCUUAGUCAGGCUGGCAGGCAGGCCGUUAGCCACCUGGGCUCACAUCCUGCUAGAUACUUAAAACAGCCUUGCAAAGUCGCCUGCCUCUGGUUUUACAUUGUGUCUGUGUUGCUGGAGGCUGUUGUUACCUGUGGCUUUUGUGGUGGGGGAGGAAGAGAGGCUAUAGUGGGGGAAGGGAUGUGAGACUCCUGUGGGCUCAGUGGGGGGAGCACAUGGGCUUGAGAAUGUCUGCGUGAGCAUGCGCGUGGAUGCGUGUACAUGCACCUGGGCACAAGUGCAUGCACUUGCGCCUCCAGCCUGUACACAAAAUGGUGUGUAACCUUGUGGAGGGGACAGAGGAGCCACAUGCUGGGGAACUUGUCAAACGCGCUCCAUGGUCCAGAAAAGUUGGAGCCAGCACUUUUGCCUCAACAGAAUACAGUAGGGAUAGGGAGAGCAAGGCUCUGGGGGCAGGGUACCGGGCAAAGACAUCAGGCUGGGAACCACCCUGGGGCCACAAGGCUCAGUUUGCUGAGUGUGAAGAUGACCUGUGACAAUUAACAACACCAAAGCUUGCAUCCGUAGGGUCUAGCCCUGACCCACCCUCCCUGAGGGCCUGUAGCACCCUGAAGCAGGCCUUUGGUUUGCUAUGUCAUCUGCUCUCUUACCUCUUACCACACAGACAGCUACUACCAAUAAAAUUAAGGAUGUUGUGGUCGUCA